AUGUCUACUUUAUCGCCAAACGAGCGUCAGAGAAGAAGUCGUUCAAAUAACGAUGAUCCAACAGUUCGUCUCUCUAAAGCACUGUCGUAUGUCCUAAGGCAUGGUGCUAAGAAGGAAGGAAUAUCCAUGCGCACUGAUGGCUAUGUGCUCUUGAAUGAAUUGUUGAGUUUACCCCGAUUUACAAAGACCACAUUUGAAGAAAUUGAGACGGUUGUGAAGACUAAUGACAAGCAGAGGUAUUCGCUUGUCAGUGAGGUCGAUGAGACAACAGGAGCUGCUACGUGGUGGAUAAGAGCAAAUCAGGGACACACGUUGAACGGCCGGGCGGGUUCAUUCUUACGCGUGGUUCAUUCUUACGCAGAGCCAGGCGGGUUCAUUCUUACACAGGGCCAGGCUGGUUCAUUCUUACGCGGACCAGACACAGAGUAUAUCUAUACGUUAGCCGCCGUAAUUGAGUGUAAUAUGGUCGCCGAGA